GGCCCCAGUCUGCGGGCCUCCCGGGCAGCGGCGGGGCCGGAGCGGCGCGGAGGAGGGGACAAGACCAGGGCAGGAGGGAACCGGCCGGCAGAGCCCCGUACGCCCAGCAAGAUGCUGUCUUGGCGGCUUCACACGGGCCCCGAGAAGGCCGAGCUGCAAGAGCUCAACGCCCGGCUCUACGACUAUGUGUGCCGCGUGCGGGAGCUGGAGCGCGAAAACCUACUCCUGGAGGAGGAGCUGCGCGGCCGGCUCGGGCAGGAGGGCCUGUGGGCCGAGGGGCAGGCCCGCUUCGCCGAGGAGGCGCGCGGCUUGCGGCAGCAGCUGGACGAGCUGAGCUGGGCCACGACUCUGGCCGAGGGCGAGCGCGACGCGCUGCGGCGCGAGCUGUGGGAGCUGCAGCGGCUGGGCGAGGAGGAGCGCGCCGCCCGCGGCCGCCUGGACGCCGAGCUGGGCGCGCAGCGGCGCGAGCUGCAGGAGGCUCUAGGCGCGCGCGCCGCCCUCGAGGCGCUGCUGGGCCGGCUGCAGGCCGAGCGCCGGGGCCUGGAAGCGGCCCACGAGCGCAACUUGCGGGAGCUGCGCGAGCGCGCCGCCCGCCUGACCAUGAGCUACCGCGCCCGCGCCGCCGGCCCCGCCGCGUCCCCGCCGCGCCUGCGGGAGGUGCACGACAGCUACGCGUUGCUGGUGGCCGAGUCGUGGCGGGAGACCGUGCAACUGUACGAGGACGAGGUGCGCGAGCUGGAAGAGGUGCUGCGGCGCGGCCAGGAGAGCCGGCGCGAGGCCGAGGAGGAGACGCGGCAGUGCGCGCAGGAGGCGGAGGCGCUGCGGCGCGAGGCGCUCGAGUUGGAGCAGCUGCGCGCGCUGCUGGAGGAAGAGCUGCUGCGGCUGCGGGAGACGUACGAGCUGCAGGCGGAGGAGCGGCAGAGAGUGAUUACCUGCCUGGAGGAUGAGAAGGCGGCCCUCACCUUGGCCAUGGCGGACAGGUUGCGGGACUAUCAGGAGCUUGUGCAGGUGAAGACUGGCCUCAGCCGGGAGGUGGCAACAUAUCGAGCCUUACUAGAAGGAGAAAGUAAUCCAGAGAUACUGAUCUUGACUGAGCGCAUCGAAAACGUGCCACAAGAGUUCAGAAAAACAUCCUAUCAGUAUGCCAGCACGGUGCUGCAGAGGGAAAAUGAACGAAAUCUGUUUCCCAGGCGGAAAGCACCUCUGGCCAGCUUCAGCCACAGCCUGGCGCAGCGCUCUCACCUGUCGGCAAAGCCCGGAGCUCGGCCCGCCGUCCCAGGUGCUGUGGGCAGUGGCUUCCUAGGCUCGGGAUAUUCUUCCCUAACCACUACCCGGUGGGAGAAAACUGACGGCAAAACUGCCGACUCUCAGGAAAAAUCUGCCAACAGCCAAGCCAGCAUCAGAACUUUCUCUCCAGUGCCCGGUCUUUUAAGGGAUACUGAGGCUCCAGCGAAAACAUUCCCCGAAAGACCGAGAACCGUGGGUACAAAGGCCGCCUCUGCUAAUGUAGCCAAAGAGCCCACCCUUGCCCAAAAGCCCUAUCGGGACAAUGUGUCGACAGGUGCUUCCAAAAGCACGUGGUCAAGUGAGAGAACCGUCCUUGUGGAAAAGAAGACGGGGGCUAAUGUCACGAGAGAGCAGGAGAGAAACAGGCCAGGUGCCAUCCAAACAAAGUGGGAAGAGAAGGUGUUUGAUUCCAAAGAGAAGGCUUCAGAGGAGAGGAAUCUAAGGUGGGAAGAGCUGACAAAGUUAGAUAAAGAAGCAAGAAAAAGAGAAAGCCAGCAAAUGAGGGAAAAGGAGAGAGGGAAGGAGUCGGCGAAGGAGAAGAGUGUUCGAGAAAGAGAGGUACCGAUCAGUCUAAAAGUCUCCCAGGAUAGCACACCAGGGGUGGCCCCGAAAGGUUUGCAGACUCCCCUCCAGGGGGAUGCUGGUGACGGUGCAGGCAGAGGCAUGGAAAAGAGGGAGGCCAGGUUCAGGCUGGACCACGGCGACACCACCAGCUCCCCGAAGGGCGACUCCACGACCGAAACCAUAGCCGAAAACAUCGUGUCCAGUAUCCUGAAGCAGUUUACCCAGUCUCCUGAUACAGAGACAUCUGCUAAUUCUUUUCCGGACACGAAGGUCACUUACAUGGACAGGAAGGAGCUUCCCGGCGACAGGAAAACAAAGACUGAGAUAGUCGUGGAGUCGAAACUGACCGAAGAAGUGGAUAUUUCAGACGAGGCUGGCCUGGACUAUCUUCUGAGCAAGGAUGUUAAGGAGGUGGACCUGAAAGGAAAAUCGGCUGAGCGGAUGAUAGGAGACAUAAUCAACCUUGGUCUGAAAGGAAGAGAGGGGAGGGCAAGGGUGGUCAACGUGGAGAUCAUUGAGGAGCCUGUGAGCUAUGUUGCUGGUGAGAAGGCGGAGGAGUUUUCUACCCCCUUCGAAGUGGAGGAGGUUGAUGAUGUGUCUCCGGGCUCCAAGGGGCUGGCUGAGGAGCAAGAAGGUUAUGGAGAAACAGACAUCAUGUUCUCAGGUAAUCAGCAUAAAAAGACCAAGCGGCCCCAAGAGAAUGUAACUCACGUCGAAGAAGUAAUGGAGGCGGGUGACUCAGAGGGAGAGCAGAGUUAUUUUGUGUCGACCCCAGAUGAGCACCCUGCGGGGCAGGACAGAGACGAGGGCUCGGUGUAUGGGCAGAUCCACAUUGAAGAAGAGUCCACCAUCAGGUACUCUUGGCAAGAUGAAAUCGUGCCAGGGACGCGGAGAAGAAUAAAGACGGAUGAUGGGCUGGGGGAGAAGGUGGUGAAGCCGUUGGACAUCUCAGAACCUUCUGUGGAGGAGGAGGUGGGUUAUACUCACUGGAAGGAACAAGCUAGAAGUGGUGAAUUUCAUGCUGAGCCCACAGUCAUUGAGAAGGAGAUUAAAAUACCACCUGAGUUCCACACGUCCAUUAAGGGAUCCUUCAAGGAGCCCAGACACCAGCUGGUGGAGGUUAUCGGGCAGCUGGAAGAGAGCCUUCCGGAGCGCAUGAAGGAAGAGCUGUCUGCUCUCACCAGAGAGGGUCAGGGCGGGCCCGAGAACGUUUCGGUCGACGUAAAGAAAGUCCACACCUCCGGGGGUAGGUCCGUGACCUUGGUUGCCGAAGUCAACCUCUCGAGAACCGUGGAUGCCGAUCAGUUAGACCUGGAGGAGCUGAGCAAAGACGAAGCCAGUGAAAUCGAGAAAACCGUGGAGUCAGUGGUACGAGACAGUUUGGCCAGGCGGCACAGCCCGGCGCCUGGAAGCCCAGACGGGGAGACCGCAGAGGAGCCCCCGGCUGCCGGCUUUCGCUUCAAGCGCUGGGCCACCCAGGAACUGUACCGCCCCGGCGGUGAGGAGGGCGAUGCCAGCCGGGCCUCUCAGGGCACGGGGCAGGUCGCUUCCCCGGGUCCGGUGUCAGCCACGGUAGAAGUCACCAGCCCGAGGGGCUUUGCCCAGUCACACGUGGUAGAGGACGUAAGCCGGUCUGUCAGGCGUGUUAAAGUAGACCCCACUGGGAUUUGGAGGACUGAGCAAGUCUCACGAGAAGGACCCACUGCACAAGUGGUGGAGAUGGACAUGAGUCACGUGGAGGCGAGCCCCCGCUGGACGCAAGACACCACGGUCUUCUUCCCCGCAGGGACGGAAGCGGCGGCUCGUGGUGCCCCUGACCGUGGGGCCUGGAGAGACGGGGGCAGUGGGAAUGCCUGGGUGGCCAGCGUGAGCUUUCAGGGCUCUUCCGGGGACGGACACCAGGUCCCCGGGGAAAAGGGCAAGGCGCAGGCUGAGUUUGACAAGACGGUGCAGCUACAGAGGAUGGUAGACCAAAGGUCGGUGAUUUCGGAUGAAAAGAAAGUUGCCCUCCUCUAUCUAGACAGUCAGGAGGAGGAGAGUGAGGGCCGCUGGUUUUGAUAAGCAAAUAUUCUGUUGUCAGUGGUGUCUUGUCUGGUAACACAGUAACACACAGAGGCCUUUACUUCUUUGAAGGAGGGAGUCUCAGUCUUUACGAAGACCUCCCCACUUUUCUUACUUUCUCCAAAGAGCGCUCCAGGCGAUGUCACUUUACUUUAUAAUCUGUAAAGGUGUCAAAUGAAUUCAUGCCUUCGAAGGCAUUUGAAUUUUAUUUUUGAGUUGGAACUUUGACACAAAUAUUUUUUAUCUUUUUAGUCUUAAAAGUUCCUUUUUCUGGAGUUUUCUCUCCACUGCUUGAGACAGUUUCGACCAAUUUUGCUCCUGGUCACGGAAAUGCCUCACAUCUGUUUGAAGUUAUAAUCAACUCUCUGUAGGGAAAAUGCCUAAACGGUAACAAUAUAGUAAGAUGCCUAUAUGAUAACAAGAUUAAAGUAAUAUAUUUAAGAGUAAAUUUUAUUUGCAUGUGCUAAUAUGAAAUAAUCAACUAACAUUUAAAAGGAAAAAUGCGUACAUUUGUCACUUUUCCAAGUCUUUUCAAAAAGAAAUCCUAGGAAAGAAGCAGAUUGCUUCCAUAAAAGAUAAAAGUGAAAAAAAAAAAAACCUAAAUGGUUCUAAAUUUAGGAAAAAGUUAAGUUCACUUUGAGACUUGAAUGAAUUGCUUUCUAUGUGCAGAACUCCAAAAAAUAUAUAGUAUUUUUGUUUAUGGAGAGGAUAGCUUCAGCCCAUUUGAUAUUCCAAGUCCACACGCUUGCUUUGUUCGUGUAAGUUCUUAGAAGCCCACCCUGGGCUUAUGUGUAGGGAAAGUGACUGUUGGGAAUGGGUUAUUGUAUUUCCUUUCUCACAGCACUGGGUUGUUAAGUAGCAUACAGUCUAAGUAUUCUUGUUUGUUACAACCUAAGUUCUGGAGUAGCCAGCUCCCGCCAGAGUGUUAAGCUUCUCCAUACCUUAACCCUUAGCCCUGUCUACACGUUUAAUUUUACUGGCGGGAGGCAGACCCUGAAGACAGUAAAGAGAAUGCUGAUGAUGCUCAAGCUAGAGCCUGGCUUGCCAGAUGAUCCUGUGCCGUGACAUUGGAAGCACAGGGUGGACUGUGCCUCCCAGAGAAGGCCUUGCAACGCACCGCUAAAGGGACCGAAGUCUGGGUGAUGCAAAAUGACAACCAACCUCGAGGACGUUUUUGCAUUUUCUUUUUUUUUUUUUUUAACGUUUAUUUAUUUUUGAGACAGAGAGAGACAGAGCAUGAACAGGGGAGGGGCAGAGAGAGAGGGAGACACAGAAUCUGAAACAGGCUCCAGGCUCUGAGCGGUCAGCACAGAGCCCGACGUGGGGCUCAAACUCACAGACCGUGAGAUCAUGACCUGAGCCGAAGUCGGACACUUAACCGACCAAGCCACCCAGGCGCCCCCGUUUUUGCAUUUUCAACAGAAAUCAUUACAGCUGGGGUGUUUUGCCCAGGGAAGAGAAUACUAAUGUUACAUAGGAUAAGAUGUUUUGUGGGAGGGACUGGGUGCCUCUCCUGCUGCCCAGCACCCAGGAGGGGCCCUGGAGGAAGGCAAAGGCCCUACCCUCGCGGGCCAUGGGAUGCUGACGUGCAGGUACACACCGUGAAGUUGAAGGUACUAGAAAGAGUGAGUGUGCUUUACUGGGUUUGUUUUAUUUUACACAAGGGUAUUGCUUUUAAGGCUUCGUCUUUAAAGGUAGCAGCACACAGAAAUUACCUCUCCAGUAGCACAGUAUUAUUUUAAUCCAAACUAGUUGCUUGCACAUAACAUUGUUUAAACUGUAUUUCUGGUAACAAUCCUAGAACUGCCAGUAGGACACUGAGGAAUAGUGAUUGGAGGCAAUGCCAUCCUCUGGUGGGUUAUGACGUUGGGGUGGUGGUUACGGCAUGAGGGUCUUCUCUCAGUGGGGGGAGGCGGGAUGUCACACAGUGGCCCUCAGCUCCUAGAAAUGGCUACAGCAGGUAGUUUAGGGAGAGUGCAUUUUCUUAAUAAGUGGAGGAGAAAUGCAGCCAAGUUUUCAGGAUGAUCCAUUUUACAAACACUGUGAAUCGGGGUAUAGAAAAAGUUGAACUGCAAGUUUAAACCUUUGUUAUCUUCCAAAUGAACUAGUAAUUGUCACAGACUGGUACAGAGGUGAUGGCUUGGCAAACAAAGCCUUCUUGUUUCUCAUAUAGUCAAAGAUGGGCGAUUUUAUGUUAGCUGUAAUUGGUAAUGGUAUUUGUAGAAGUGAUUUAUUGGUCAAGGUGACAGCCUACUGUUUUGGUGGCGACACAGACUGAGGAUGGGGAGUCUGUUAUGUGAGUCUGAGUGGGCUUACUUUAAUGUCCCUGUCUUGCCUUGUGAUCUUGUGAAUGAGUGCUAACAGGGACAGAUUAUUAAUAUCAUGACCCACCUCUCUUUGGAAAAUAUCUUAGGUCUUAAUUUAUAUUUCCAUGUUAGAACACAUGUCUUCAAGAAGCAUCCUGCCAAGAGUACUUACCAAUAUGGACUCCUGAGCUGUCUUUGGUUACUCAGUCUCUGGAUCACCCAGGAGCAGGCAUGCCCUCCACACUGUGAAGGUCGCCUGAAAGUUCUGUGUCCUUUAAAACCAGUCGCUCUGGAGACCAUAGAAAUCAACUUUGUGGGUUGGGACAGAACCAAUUUUUGCUGUUGUAUAGACAAAACAGUAUUAAUGGAAUGUUUUUCACCUUCCCACUGGUUGUUUUGAUAUCAUUUGUUUCAAAUGUAUAUUUAGAAUGGAAUCACUUACAAAGCUCAUCUUUCUAAGCUCCUGUUCCCUACAAAGGGAAAUGUCACAAGAAUGUAUAAAAAUAAAAAUCUAAGAAAAAAAAAAACAAAAACCUCCACGUUGUUCCUAAAGAGAAUGAAUGUUUUCCAGUAGGUGUUUUUGUGGUUUCUAUUUAAGCUCUAAUUAAAGCAUCUAUGUGUUUUA